CGCUACCAUCUUUCAUGGAGGUUUUGUUUCUGUAAAAUAUUCGAUCCGAGUGAUCGACUUUUUCUUUUCGCUAGGCGAAUCUCUUAUUCGUCUCGACGAAUUUUGUAGUGCUUCACUUCGGUGAUUUUGUUGUGUUUCAAUUGAAAAACAGAGCAUAUCUUCAAGAUGAUAAUUUAUCUCUGUUUUUCAGUUGAUUCAAUAAAGUAUCCGAUUAGUAUUAGAUUCAAUGGUUAAAUCUCUUCACCUUCUACUUCACUAUGGUUAUACUGCUUGAUGUUGAGAUUGAAUUCUCUCUUGGUUAGAAAUGAUUGGGCCUUGAUAUUGAAGUUGUAUCAAUCUUCGAUUUUGUGUUAAGACGAAAUAUCCAUGAUAAGCUAAUGCCUAUAAAUGUGUUGAAGAAGGUGACUGAUAAGGGGGUGAGAAACAAACUUAGUGUGAUGAGAGCAAAAGGAGUAAAGGGUAUGGAAGAUGCUUUGCAACUCUGGUUUGGUACUAGAGUGUGAUUUGCUUUGAUUAUUUUAUAGGGGUUCUGUACAGAGUUUUUUAACUUUAGAUUGAUACAAGGGUAGCAUCUUUUGUAAAAAGGCUUUUUUGAGGAAUAAAAUUUAACAUUUUUUCAAAAAAAAAAAAAAAAAAAAAAUUAUCCAUGAUAGUCAAGGUUUGAGAUUUGGAUUUUGCUUCGGGAAUCGAGUGCAGAACGCAGAAGAGUUGGAGCUGCUUAAUCGGUGGUGUUCCGACAAAGUCAUGUUCUUGAUUCUCCGAAGCUUUUCUUUGGAGUUAAUUAAUUCCUGACGAUUUGAGAUGAAAACCUUAUGAUCAGCGGUGACUGAAGGGACUGAAGAGUGUGCAAGCAGAUUUCAACUGAAUCAGAGGCGGUGAGAUUUCCGGCAAGGUUUCCGACACUGCUUUCUCUUUUCUCGGUUCCACAGAGAAGAACACGACAACAAGCAACGUGUCAACCAUGCAUUAAAUCUUAUCUAUUAUUGUUGGGUUUGUUUUGGGCUUAAUUAAAAAUGUAAUAGUUGGAUCUGUUUGUAUUUGUGCCUAUUGGGCUUCUCUUUUCGUUAGAGGAAGUAACAAAAAAAUAUUGGGAUCAUCUCAUGAUUUUAAACGUACCCAACUUAGAAUUCAAUACGAUGUCGUUUCCCUUACGGUUCAUCUCUCUUCGGUUGACUCGGAGAUUUCGAAGCGAGGUUUUUUCUUACUUCAGAACUAGGUUUUUUUUCUGGGAUCCUCGAAUCGUUAAAAGUUGACAUUCAUAAACCGCUGAUCUUGAUCCGAGGCGUCUGAUUUUCGAUUUUGAGAAAUUACGCAUUUCACUUUGCCAUGUCUGAACGACAAGACAGAGGAGAUGUUUCUCUUUCCGUCAAACACGAGGAAGAUGUUUCGCCUGAAUCUUUAGCUUGGGCUGAUUCCUGCAUCAUCAGCUUCCCUGAUGAUUCAGACAACAAUGACUGGGGGACGUUUAGAGAUGCUUUAACAGAAAUCAUUGAUAUCCAUCCACAGAUCUUUGUUCCGACAGAAACAACAACAAGUGUCCGGUCUCGAGACGAGGUUAUGACUGAAGCCGAGUCAGUUCAUAUGCAGAGUUUUGAACCACAAGCUGCUGACAGGAGUGAUCAAGUCAGCGAGAUUGUCUCUUUGCUGAACUUUGAAUCAGACCCGUCCAAGAACUCUUUGCCAGAUCAUUACUUUCCGGCAGAGAGCAGAACAACCAAUGGACCAGUGGACAAUCAUCAUACCGCAGGUAUUGAAAGUAUAGAAGAGGAUGGUUCUGUGAGCAAUGUAGAGGCGGAUGAAGAGCCAGUGUCAGAAACGCCCCAAGUCGUCAAGGAUGAUUUCAUGAGCAGCAGUUACGUUGAAGACAACAACGCUGACGAAGUUGAUGUUUUGGAGGAUCCGGGUAACCUUACUCCACAAGAGAUCUUCAAGGUGUGGGAUCUUAAGAUUGUGGGAGACGGUGAUGAGGAUGAUGGGCUGGGGCUACAAGUGAAGAAAGCACUCGAUGAGUCUUCCACGAUCCAGCCACUAAAUGAUGAUCAUGAUCAUGUUGUUGUGGAGAAGAGUUGUAUCGAUGAUCUGAUAGCUGGGAUAACGGAUCUGUCUCUCACGGAAACAUUUGAGUGAAGAACAGAUGAAUUCAAGUGUAUUUUGUUAAUUUGACAUCAGUAACUCUCUUUUGUUUUA